GUAAUAAUAGCAUCAACGGAAGAGUUUGAAAUAUCAAAACAUCUUCAAGUCCAAUUAGAAAAAGCAAUAAAAGACGCGAAUAGGUCACCAGAACACGAAAAAGUCAAAAACUAUCGCCAAAAGAUUAAUAAAUAUUUUAAACACUUUGAAGAAUUUGACAAAAAAGCUUCGAAAUUCGAAGAUUUUGAUUAUAUCAAUUCAGCAUAUGAAAUUCUUUUCUGUCUAGCUAAUUUAAAAAGCGCUUGCUCAAAUGAAAUGAAAUUGUCAAUUGGAGAAAUUGAGAAGUAUUUGCCUGACUGGAUUAAUUGCUGUACUAAAAUUACUGCCAAAUUUAAAUUUUACGAAGACUUUAGUAGUAAUUUUAUUAUUGAAAAUAAUAUAAAGAACAACCUUUUGUUUUUCGGGAUUCAAGAAGAAUUGUUGACUGAAAUCAAUGGAAUUAAAACAAACUUACGUGAAAAGUCUGGCAAAUUGAACAAAUCUUUUUUCAAUAAAAGCCGUAAAUAUGAUGAGGAAAUAUAUUCAAACUUCCUUCUUAUUAUUGGAUUAAAAUCUAUAUAUGAUUUGGUUACUGAAUUAGAAGAUGCAAGAAUUAGAUUCAAGCUUUUAGAUCCAAUAUUUAAAAAAAUAAUAGAUUUUUGGAAAGAGCUUACUCAUGAACUGGAAUCAAGUAAAGAAUUAGUGAAAAUUUUUAAAGAAAGUGAAUCUUAUGUGAAAGAAUAUACUUUUCGUUGUAUUAUAGAAAUUUCUUCAAAAAUAGUUUGUUUAGGCUGCCAUUUUUUUAAAAAUUUGAGGGUAAAAAAGAUUGAAAAUAACUAA